GAUCAAACAAACAUAUCUUAGGGAAUCCAAGUGUCUCCAAGUGUGUCAGAAGAUACUACUGAACAAAGCACCAGUCAUGUCUGGAGUCAAAGGCGGUCGCAGCCAGUGCCAGCAGAAGACUUACUGCCCAGAUCCAUGCCAGCCACAAGUUGUCUGCAAAGAUCCAUGCCAGCCACAAGUUGUCUGCAAAGAUCCAUGCCAGCCACAAGUCCUCUGCAAAGAUCCAUAUCAGCAGGUUGUAUACAAGGAUCCAUUGCAACCACAGUUUGUCUGUAAAGAUCCUUGUCAACGAACCAUAUGUAAUGACCCCUGCCAACCUGCCCAGCAUUACCAUUGCAAGACUGUGCACUGCCCCCAAAAAGUUCACUGUGACCCUUGCCAUCCUUGCCAGUGCUAUGGAAAGCACUGAAUAUUCCCACCUUUGGAACAGGACCUGAGAAUUUCUUCAGUCCACCAAAUACCUUCAAUUCUUUCAGUCCUCUACUCUUUUCUUAUCCUAUCAUAGUGUUAGUAUCAAAUUGCUUGUCUUCUGGAUAUAUCUAGUCUGUGGUGAAUAUUACUGUUCCAUUAAAUGAUCUCACUUUGGCAAAA